AUGGAGGCUGUUGUGGAUGAGCGGGUUCACCCAACAGCCGAAGACGAAUCGUUGGAACUGGAUGGUCCUGACGGCGGUCCUGGCGGCGGAGCCUCAGAGGUGCUUCCUGAUGCUGGUGAGGCAGAAGGAGCACGGUCAGAGGUGGAGGAGGAGGAGGAGGCUCAGCAGCUACCAGAGUCUGAAGCAGCAGACUUGGUCGUCACUGGAGUCGAGGUAGCCGAUGAGGUGACCUUGAAGGAGACCCUCUCAGCUGAGGCUGCCUGGCCUGAGGGUCUGCAAGACGAGGUGGACUUGGAGCCAUCAGCGGAACAGGAGGAUGAGGUGCUUCCCAGCGAGGGCCAGCACCUUGAGAGCGCUGCGGCAGACAAGGAGGAAACGGAGGACACCUUGCCAAGCGCAGCAGAAGUGGAUCAGGAGGACGAUGCCGUGACAAGACAAACUCCUCCUGCUUUGGCUGAGAAGGUUGGUCUGGGCCUGGAGAAGUGCACCAUUGAGGAACUCAGAGACGUGAUUUCAGGCGUGGUCAAAGAGGCCAUGCAAUCUUGGGCACAAGCCCAUGCAGCUGACGGCGCCGCGCAG